GCCGACGAUCCUCUCAAACUUGGAAAGGCCAAGGAUAAUUAAGUGACACGUUUCAGGCUCUCCUGCGUUAAGAAAUUUAAGUUUACAUGGAUUACAGACCAUUUAUCUAUGGAGGAUUAGCCUCUAUGACUGCUGAAUUUGGAACAUUUCCUAUUGACACAACAAAAACACGGCUACAGCUUCAAGGUCAGGUGAUAGAUGCUAAACAGAAAGAGAUCAGAUAUCGAGGAAUGCUCCAUGCUUUUGUCAGAAUUGCCAGAGAAGAUGGGAUCAAGGCAUUGUAUAAUGGGGUAGCACCUGCACUUUUGCGCCAAGCAACCUAUGGAUCUCUAAAGUUAGGCUUCUACCAUGCUCUGAAAAGAAGGCUGGUAAAAAACCCAAAAGAUGAGACUUUAUAUUACAAUGUAAUUGCAGGGGUUGUUGCUGGAGCAGUCUCAUCAGCCAUAUGUAACCCUACUGAUCUUUUAAAGAUUCGUAUGCAGGCAGAGUAUCAAUCAGUUGUCAAUGUAAGAAGAAAAGGAAUGCUCCAAUCUUUUGCUUCAAUAUUUAAAGAGGAGGGAAUCAGGGGACUCUACCGGGGAGUUGGUCCCACAGCUCAAAGAGCAGCAGUUAUUGCAGGAGUAGAACUUCCAGUUUAUGAUUGGUGUAAAAAGAAAAUUUUGGAUCUCAAGAUUAUGGGUGAUAACCCUUACACUCAUUUUUGUGCUAGUGGAGUUGCUGGACUGGCAGGUGCUAUAGCCUCAAAUCCAAUAGAUGUUGUGAGGACAAGAAUGAUGAAUCAAAGAAAUCUGAAAGUAAACACUGGAAGUGCAGCUGUCAUCUACACAAGUGCUGCCCACUGUUUGCUUACUACUUUGAGGUCUGAAGGAUUUUUUGCUCUCUAUCGAGGAUUUGUACCGCAGUUUCUGAGGUUAUUUCCAUGGAAUGUUAUUUUCUUCAUGUCAUAUGAACAGUACAAGAAGUAUGGAAAUGAAGUGUUAUCAUAGCAAGCUAAUGAUUUGCUCUGGUUUGAUGUUAAUGCUGACAUUCCAGUGAGGCCUUGUGGUGAAUUUCAAUACUUAUAAACGAGGACUAAAUUUCAUGCAGUUGUUUAUCAUCAUCAGAUAGUAGUGGGAAUGUGAAAAUAACCAAUAAGAUAAAAAGAAAGAAAACAAAGAGAUAGACAAAUUGAAGAAUAAAUAAUUGAUUAAAAUCCACAAAUUACAACAUUGAUUGGGACUUUUUAAACUCUCCAAAUGAUUCUACUAGUUUCAUUAGUGGAUCGUGAUAUGAUUGAUGACAGCAUCAAGUGCAGUUUGCAUGUUAUUGAGAAGCACAGUUUUUUAGAAAAAACCAUAAACUAAAUAAAUUUGCACAAAUCAGCAAAUGAGAAAAAUGAUAUUUAUUGUCAUAUUCAUGAAAAUAAUCAAAUUAUUUUGUUUGAUUCAAAAAGUUCACGUAUUUAAUUAUGAAGUUGAUUUAUGUCAGAAAUCUUUGGUGCAGAUUUCACUGCAUUUAGCAGUGGAAGAUGUUAGCAACAUGUCACACCUCUUUUGUUCUGAACUAAUCACUCUUUUAUGGGAUAAUGUCCUGCAAUAGAAGUCACAUUGUAGUAAUCUACAAACUGUCCCUGUGUGGAUUCACACAUACAAACAUGGUAAAAACACCAGUUAAUUUAUUUUCCUUGAAAAGGAAAAUACUGUUGGUUCCAUGUUAAUGUUAUUAGGAGUGUUAUUAGGCCAACUCUUUCACCAUGUUUACUUUCAAAUGGUUCAGUAUCUGAUUAAAUUAAUUUUUGGUUUCUCAA